CCACCCCACGACGGCGGCGGCCGGCGGGCGCCAGCUUGCUUCUCCGCGCACGGCUCGCGUUCCCAUUGCCGCGCACGCUUCGUCGCGGCAGGGAUCGGACGAGGGUGGGUGGGUGCUGCCCGGCGCCGCUGCCGCUUGCCUUGCCACCGCGCGCUGCGUCGCCGUGGCGAGGCGAGAAGGCCGCAGGACCGCGCGUCCGCGCCGCCACCGAUCGCCCAUGUCCUGUUCGGACCCGCCUCGCACCCAGCCUCUGCUGAACGGCAAGUUCCAUGACACGGACGCGCGCACACUCCUAUACGACUGCCGGGACGUGCGGGUGCGGCGCCUCUCCGGCGAGGCAAGCGAACACGGACGAAGCAGAGGAAGUGCUGGUUUUUGGACUUCUGAUGAGGUAAAACUCCUGAGAACCAAGUUAGGCUUGGAUGAAGUUUUUACCUACAAUGACGGGCUGGACCUCAAUAAGGAAUUGCAGAGGAUGACACGAGCAAACACAAACACACAGGUCGGCAGGAGCAAAGAUCUGCUCGGUACAUACAGAUGCAGGGGCACAAUGCAACGAGACGUCAGGCACCACCAGAUCACGAGCAGUGGUUGUUCUGCAUUAUAUUACGAGAUGUGCAAAUGUUCUUGUUAAAAAUAGCAUUAGAUUGGGAGUAGGAACUAGUAACAGUGAGAAGAUGUUAUGGAGAGAUCUGAAAAUCCUGAGCAGUGUCUUUCUACUUAUUAAUGAAUGCCGGACAAUGUUCCAGGUCUUUCAAAAAAAAAAAUACUGAGCAAUGUUAGUUCUUACCUGCUUUGACC